AUGCCACGGAGCAAGGGCCGCAGAACUAACUCCCGAGCACGGCCAGAACGCGGCGAUUCACUCAACAGCUCGGCUGAUAUUCAUUUGUCCAAUGAGGCCGCAAUGAGUGGUAAUGGCGUUGUAGAGGCUAGGGUGACAGUGGGUGCAGCACCGGAGAGGCAGGCUAGGAAAACGAGGACGAAGAAGGGGGAAACAGCGUCGAGGUACAAGUGGCCGUGUCGUAUCUUGGGCAUGCUUUGUGCCCUUUUGGUUGCCUUUCUCCAUCUCCACUUCAAUAUGCAUGCCGAUUACGACUUCCCAUGUCGCUGCAGUGCGGCGGGCGGCGGGCCGCUCGUGUCCGCACUUGCAGGUAGGCGCCUAGGCCUGACGGGCGUUCAUUUGCACAGCGUGAAUACGUCUGCGGUGAGGGAACAGCUUGCGACCCUCUCGGGGUGCGCAACGGUUUACCGACUGACAGGUGCCUUUGAGGACGUCCCCUCGCUUUCCAGGCGGCUGCGGAAGGACGCCGCCGGCGCCAGGUGUGUUGUUUGGUUGGUUGAGGAUGUGUCGGUCGUGCGUGGUGUGGCGAACGCGCUGAAAGAGCUGCUGGAGGACAACACGCUGCGGGGUGAUCGCAUUUUGCGGGAGGGUUCUCGAGGACUUUUUGUGCUGAUGUUGGGGACUAGUCGCGAGAGUUUAUUUCAUACCCUCCCUCACCGUGUGGUCCACAUGUUCCAUACGAUAACGGUGUAG